AUGAAAUGGUGCCGGGCAACACGGAGAGGGGCUGGCGCUGCUUCUCCGCCCGCACCUGCAGAACUGCUUUUCACUCUGCAGGUCCCUGGGCCGUACAUGUAUGUGAACUGCGCCAACCUGCCUUCGCGCGUGCCUCAUCCUCCUUGCAGUUGGCGUGAAAUGGCAGAGGCGGCAGAGGGGUCUCACGGCUCGUGGCGUUGCCUGCACGGUCUGGAAGUCGUUGGCCCUCGCCAAGCGAAGGGCCUCCACUUUACGAGCACAUGGCCCUCUGAUCAAUUGUUCAUGGCUCCUCUCUCCUGGCUCCUCUCUCAUCCGCUCUGGUGCUCCGCUCUAGUGCUCCGCUCUCUCUCAUUCGCAAUUGUCGCAAUUGCCUCCUCCACGCUCACCCGGGGCUUUGGUGGCUCAGCGGGCCUCUUCGCACCGCGUGAAACUUCGCCGUGGCAUGAUGCCCCGGAAAACUUUGAAACGAGGAACUGCCAAAACCUCUGA